AUUCAUCUUUGAUUUCCCUUGCUUUUGCCAUGGUUCAACCAACCACCAAAAGACCAAUCUUAUCAGUAAGAAAAACACACUAUGGAGGAGACAUUGCAUCGCGUCGUACUGACCUCUUGGACGUCAAUGGUCUAUCAAUCUUCCCGAUAUCCUUAAUAUCUCUGGAGUGUCGAUGACGAUGAUAAUGUUGGUAAAAAAAGGUCUCUCUCGAGUUGGGAAAAGAGAACGAAAUUCCUGACGAGAACCGCAUGAUCUUGACUGACACUAUUCUUAGUUUUUCAAGACACUACAAAAAGGUCAGCUUCUCUUUUUGCUCCACUGCAGUAUUUCACAAGGUAAGGUAAAAAACCUCAACCUGUAGGACUUUUCUGCGCAAUUUAUUUUUUUUGAUUCUUUUUUCUUUUCAUUCUCCAUUCUCAUACAAUCCCUGUUUGUUCUCUUGUGUUUCUUUUUUUUUGUUUUGUUUUUUAUUUUCACCCGUUGAUUCCUUUCCUUAAUCCAUUUUCUAUGAUUCAUCCUUCUUUUCCUAUCGAUAAAGGCCUCCGAAGAGAGCUCAUGGAGCACUUGAUCGAUAUUCUGCAUCAGCGCUGCAAGGAUAUUCCUGGAACGCAACUCUACGUUUUGGCCUUCAGCUUUGACCGAUUUGCUCAAAUCAAAUCCUCCACCCUGCAGGUAUACAUUCAACAUUAUCAACAAAAAUUCGAAAGCUAUAAUGCUACUCUCCCACAUAUGGCUCUCCCUUAUAUGCACCCUUCAUUCUUAACAAAUUCAUCAUCCCAACACGUCAAAUCUCCUAUAGCAGGCCCUUUUGCUACCAAUAUAACUUUCUCCACCCCUUCGCCUUCUUCGUCUUCUUCCACCCCAAGUAGUAUUGACUUUCAAUCAGCUUCAGCUUUCCAAGACACACACUUCAAACAACGCCUCCCUUUCCCUCAGCCUCUCUCUUUUUCUUCCUCUUUUCAAGAUCCCUCGCCAUAUUCUAGCUUCGUAAAUCCCUCCAUAGAAACCCGUUCUUCGUUUUUCCCUAUCCCUUCCAAUACCGAAUCUAUUCACAAGGAGCCGCCUAGUGAGUCUUAUCUCGAAGGCGAGGACUGCAGUGCCUCAUAUAACUCUAAUUACACGGACCAAUUUUUCUUUUUUAAUGAUCAUGAUCUAACCUUUCCUACUGAAGCAGUCUUUCCCACGUCUCCUUUUAUGCAAAACGAAGAUUCAAGUGCCUUUUUGCUCAUCCCUUGAAUCCGCUCCUGGCCAUUCAUGGUCCUCUAAUUUUUUUGCUCCUGCUUUCUCGAACAGUCUGCUUGAAUAGCUCGCUUCGUAUUACUUUGUCAUCUCGUUUGUCCUUCAUAAUGCUUGUUUAUGUAUAUAUUCCCCAACCGAUAUUUUCUUCAUUAAUCACUUAAUUUACAUGCCUGAUUCUUCGCCUCUCCUUUCCGGUGUUCUUUCCUGUGUUUUGAGUUCUGCUUUAUGAUAAUGAUGAUUCGAGUCUUUAUCAUUUAAACAUGAAUCAUCCAUAAUUUACAAUACAAUGUGCUAUUAGUUUUCCAAAACAUUUUAUUCUCUCGUAAAAUCAUGAUAGUCAUUAUUAGCCUUAUUUUUAAUAUCAUUAAAUUCAAUUGUAGUACA